AUGUCAUAUACGGUGGAGAAAAAAGUCACUGAUGCCGAAUUUCCUAGAGGCGUGGGCGCCACGCAUCUCCCCAAUGACCGCUUGAAGAUAGUGUACAACAAGUGCAAAGCUUCGCAAGCCAUUUCUGCGCCUGUUCGCAUCAAUAUGGUAUUUGCCCAUGGCACGGGCAUGAACAAGAGCGUGUGGAAAACACAUAUCGAAAAGUUGUACGAGCUCAGCGAACAGGCCAAGGACUGGAAAUUGGACUGUGUGCUUGCGUUGGACUGCGCUAACCAUGGAGAUUCUGCUUGCCUUAAUCGCAAGUUCUUGGGUUGGUCUUUUGAUUGGCGAGACGGCGCCAAGGACUUGAUCAAAGUGGUGAAGAACGAAAUCAGCACGACGGGCGAUUUUGUUCCUUCUGCUUACAACCGGAACAUUGUCGUUGGCCAUUCCUUGGGCGGGUUCCAAGCGGCUUUUGCUGGGUAUUUGGAGUCCACAUUAUUUGAUUCCGUCAUUACCGUUGAGCCUGUCUUGUACUUCAAUCCGCAGUACACCGAGAUCUUCCAACACCGGAUAAAGAAGAUUACGUCUAUUCUCAGGGACAAGUUCUCUUCUCGCGAGGACGCGAUCACUUGGUUCAAGAAGAAAAGCUUCUACAAAAUAAUGGACAAGCGGGUUUUGGACAGCUACGUCGACGACGAGGUGGCGUUGGAAAAUGGGGACAUAGUGUCGAAGUCCAGCACCGCAGCCCAAUUGGCUACAUACAUGACGGCUAUCACAGACGUUGGUUUUGGCCAAGAUGCCUUGAAACACAUGCGCAUCCCUUUUCUCCACGUCAUUGGCACAGAGGCCAUGUGGAAUCCGCCUGAUGCAGUAGAGUUUAUUCGGGAGUCCGUUCCACCCCAUCUCCUCGAGACGGCAGACUUGGAAGGCGAUCAUUUGGUACAUGGGACUAAUGUGGACGGUACCGUGAAUCUCAUUCUGGGCUUCAUUGAGCGGCGGGCAAAGUUUGUGCGGGAAAACAGACUGAAGUUCCCGGAAGUGAAGUACGGUAACGACCGAGAGGCAAUCUUCAAGCUGCAGUGGAAGCUCAUGAUGGACAACGAUUUAGAGAAGGCAAACUUCUAUGCUUCGCCGGCGAAAAGAGAUGCCAAAUUGUGA